GUGGCAUCCAUCCAUCCACAUCAGCCGACUCAUCCGUGGUUCCGUCUGCACCUGUCAGACACCAAGGCCACGAGGAAAGCGAUCGCGCAUUUCGGUAGACCUGAGCCACUGAGACAGGCCCCGCCUUCUCCGUCCAUCGAGAACAUUCCAUCCGUUCAAUUGCACCAGUGCCACUAAUCUAUCUACACACACCAACUCCAAGCUACCUCCACCACACACACCACCAUGCCGCUCAACUACAGCAAAUGGGACGCCCUCGAGCUCUCCGACGACUCCGACAUCGAGGGCCACCCCAACGUCGACAAGCGCUCGCUCGUCCGCUGGAAGCAGCGCGACAUCCACGAGAAGCGCGAGAUCCGCAAAGCCCGCAUCGCCCAGCUGCGCGCCGAGAUCGCGUGCAACAACGUCCUCGCCCCGCGCGUCUCCGCCCUCCUCACCGCCCUGCGCGCCAAACACGCAGACGGCGGCGAGGGCGCCGCGAUGCGCGAGUGGGAGGGCAAUCUGGAGAGGCUGCAGACGAGGCCGAGCGACGAGAGGCCGCCGACGAGUGCGCCGGGGCAGCCGACGUAUGAUGCGAUGAUGUUGUCGCUGUUGUUGCAGAUCACGGAGGAGGCCAAGGCGGCGAAGGAGGUGGCGAAGGGGGACGGGUUCGAUAUUGGCGCGGAGCUUGUCAAGGGCCUGGAGAAGCAUGAGACGGGGCUCGGGGAGCAUACGCGUAAGCUCGAGAAGGAGCUGAAGGAGGAGGAGGCCGAGCAGAAGAAGCAUAUUACGAGCGACGAUAUCAGGGAGGGGUGGGAGAGCAAGUACAUACCAGCAAAGCCCGAGCCGAAGCCCGUUGCGAGUGUAGGCGACACGAAGAAGACCACUAAAACGACGGAGACGACAUACGAGACCCUCAACCCCGUCGCCUCCUCCUCCUCUGCCCCGUCAUCCUCCACCUCCCCUCCGUCGGCCACGGCAGCGGCAACCAUCGAUGGCGCGGACGACCUGGACGAUCUACCAGAGCUGACGCCCGCGCUGGCGCAGUUCGCGCGGCUGCCGCUGUGGGCCUACGAGCCGUCGUACCGGUACAUCCAGGCGCACCGGGAAGUGGUCGUGCCCGGCGCGAGCGACGCGUUGCUCGUCGAGGCGUUCAAGGCGGAAGGGGACGGAGAGAGCAAGUACGCGAAGCAGUGCGUGCAUCAGAGCUUGCUGCUGCAGUAUGGCGAGAAGCUCGGGCGGGAUGGGAUCCAGGUGUUUUUCCGCAAGAUGAUGCAAGGCGACCCGCGUGCGGUAAACGUGUUCGUGAAAGACGUCGAGGACACGUUCGCGCACCUCGUGCAGCGCGUCGCUGCGUCGAAGGUGGAGGCGAGCACGGAGCGGGAGCAGAUCCAGCUGGUGCCGCAGGACCCAUCGCAGAGCAUCACGUUCAACGUGCCCGAUGGGCCGCCGCCCGAAGAUUUGCGGCUGGAGGGAGAGGGCGUGGAAGAGCUGGACGUGGAGGAGGUGCGCAAGGCGCUGCAGAUGCGGUGGGACGUGUUCAGCGGGUUCCCCGAGGAGCUGCAGGGUGCGCUGACGGAGGGGACGCUGGAGAGCGUGAAUGGGGUGUUGGGCGAGAUGGAUGUGGAGAAGGCGGAGGAGGUGGUGAAGUUGUUGGAUUUGAGUGGGAUCAUGAGCUUUGUCGAGGGCGGGAUUCGGGAUGAGACGGGCAAGGGCGAAGGCGAGGACGGGGAGGCGUGAAGCGGGUUAGGGGCGUAAUGGACAUAUGGAGAUGUCGAUGGAUGACGUUGGGACGAGUUAUCGGAUCGCUGAUUCCUUCUGCUUUUGCUUCUCUUCUUUGCUUUCUGCAGAAUCAAAAAAGUUAUGGAUUG